UGUGUUGUAAAACUUAUCAUCUAGAACUAAAUAUUUGAUCCAUCUUUCCUAAUAUAAUUCAAAGGGCUCUGAAAACCCUCACUUAGUUAUCUAAAUAUAACAAGUUCCCCAACUCCGUUACACAACAAUACACCUAACUCCAGUAAGGAAAGCUGAAUUUAGUCACAUCUGAGAUACUAAGACAGUCGGGACGCGCAAUCGUAUUCAUUAUAAUAGGUUUGGAAAACCCUUCCAGUUUCUGAGAAAGGUCUAUUUAAUUAUUUGAAGAUAUCUGUAAAAUUUUAUUGAACACGAUAACCUAGCUGUAUACGGUAUACAAUUUUUGGUGUCCAUCGAUACCAUCUUCGUUGUUUAAGUAAUAACAGUUUAAAGGUUUAACGCUUACCUAAGUACUUGUUCGGCGUAGAUACGUCAUCUAGACGCGUAAACUAACCGACAGUUUUCAUGUUUUCAACUCGUACAUUCGUUCAAGUUUAAUUAUUAUUUUACUACUUAUUACUUAAAUUCAUUUGUAUAUUUUGGAGUAUUCAAGAUGAACUGCUGCGUUCGUGCAUGAAUAUACAUGCACAUUGUUUGUAAUUUUGUGUAAUCAACGCAAUUAAUAAUUAUUAAUUGCAUACCUACUGUUUAGCAUUUAGGGAACGCAUAAUUUAAAAUACCUGCAUAAUGUGGAUGGUAGUUCAAUCAUUGAAAGACAAUUCUAUUAAAUAUGUGCCUAAAACAUGGUAUAAUAAAAAAAAAAAAAUGUGUGCAUGGCCAAUUGCAAAAAAUUAUUCAAAAAGAUUAAUCGAAAAAAUGACACCUCUACAUUUGUUUGAAUAUUAUUGGUUACCAGUAAGGAAAAUAGGACGAUUGUAUGGAAGUUUAGAAGAAGCUCGCACGAAGAUGUAUUAUGCUAGAAUUCUAACAACUUUAUCAGUAAACCGCGAACAUACAUGUACCAAUAUAAUAAAAAAAACAUCAGAAAAUAAAAUAAUACAAAGUCCUCCAACUGUAAAAUCUAAAGAAGCUCAUUCUAAGAUGUAUUAUUCUAAUAUCCUAUCAAAUUUAUCAGUAAACCGUGAACAUACAACAAGUACCGAAAUAACAAGAAAAACAAUAGAAAAUAAAAUUGUACCAACUCCUCCUAUUGUAAAAUCUAGUAAACCAAAACAGGAACUACAAAUUGAACACGAUAAUAAGUCUACAUCUACUGUCAUAGGUGUUAAAGACAAUAAAAAGGCUAAUUGUGGUAUACCAAAACAGGAACAACAAAUUAAACACAAUAAUAAUUCUACAUCUACUACCAUACGUAUUAAAGAUAAUACUCAGGAUAAUUCCGAUUUUCAAAAUCAGGUCCUUCGUUUAUUAACGAAAAUGAAUGAUGAUAUAUUAAGUUUGAAAUCAUCAUUAAAUAUUCAACAUGAUACAAUUAACAGAUUUGAUACGUUUCUUAAGAAAACAAUUGGACAAACAAUUGGCUCUCAAAUUUCCAAUAAAUCAUCAAUAACAUUCGAUGACAUAUUCCCAUUAAAAUCUCAAAUGGAACUCGAAACAUUCGAAGAAAAAAUUAAAGGCAGUAAAAUAUUUAGAAAUGAUGUGAUAUCAAAUUUAUCGAUGCUGAAUAAUAUGAAUAAUAUCGGUAAUAGUGUUAAUUGUAUGAUGUCCAAAAUGUUUUCCGAUGAAUUGGUUUCUCAAUAUUCAUUAUCUGGAGUCAAGCAAAAAAAGAACUUUUCAAAUCUAUCUACAUACUGUUUAUUGAUUGAUGCCAUACGAUAUAACCAUGGUAAAUUAGAUAUCGAAAAAAUAGAUGCACCAUUAGCAAUUUGGUUGUCACUUGCCAAGUUUCGUAUUGAACAGACCAAAAGAAAAUUAAUUUCAAGUUAAUAUUAUGUUGUAAUUGCAAUUAUAAUUAAAAUAUUAUAUAAGUAGUUAUUUUUUUUAAAGUCAUAACAUAUAUUAGCAUAUACCAUUAUAGAUUCAUUCGAUUACAAAGAGGACGGUUGGUAUGUCCGUUGCAUCGUUUCUAUAUUAUUAUAUAGGUAAUAUAUAGGCUAUUGUGUCUAUUCUUAUCUAUUGAUAUCAUUACACUUAUCGUAGCCUAUCAAACAUACUGUACCACAUUGAAGUAUGCAAUAAAAUGUUUAUACACGAAUAACAAAAAUAUAAUAAUAAUAAUAAUAAUAAUAAUAAUAGUAAUAAAUUAAGGUGUAUUAUAACCUGUGUUAUUGCGGACUUACUCGUAUAUCACGGAAUACCAAUGGUAUAAUU